ACACACACACACACACACACACACACACACGCGCGCGCGUUGUCACUUUUAGGAAGGAGACAAGUUUGCUUCCUCCUUUGGUACGAAGCCACGCAGCCUCCAUGAUCGCCCCUCUUUUUCUCUCUACCCCCACUUUGAGUCACAUCUCGCCGCCUCUACUUUGUGAUUCAAUCACUCUUCGCUGGUCAAAGUGGGAGCCAGGCCGCCAUUUUUGCUCGACAGUCAGUGGAAGCAGAAACUUUGGUAGCUAGCUGGUUAGCUGUCGUUAGCUAGUAAGGUUAGCGAGGAAGUCGACUGACAACUCGCCAUGAACGCCCGAAGUCGGACCAGCUCGCCCCGACAUGACACCGCUUGUCACGUCCAGCUAGCGUCGGUUUAAGAAGGACAGAGAGGGAGCUUUAAACUCAAUUGAAGCCUGAGUGAAGAGCGUUUUAUCGGCUAGAAGGAUGUCGUGUUAGCGUCGGCUAACGCGCAAGCCGACGAGCCCAAAGCUUUGAUUUUUUUUAACUGCACUGGCUUGCCUUGCUCAGCCUCAGCCCCGUUCCUCUGACUCCCUGUUCGGAGCGACUGGACCAUCCUGCGGCCCCACUGCCACUCCUCAAACUGCGUGGAUUCGCCUUUCCCAGGUGUCCCUGCGCUCGUCCCUCAGGCCCUCGUACUUCCGCAGAUGAAUCUUCGGCUGCUUCGGUGUAGCUCAGCACCCACACUGUCUCGUCCCGUCUGCGUGGGCGACACGGGACCCCUCUAACCAGGAUGCCGUCCUCUGUCCGGGCGGGGAGCCUGAAGGAUCCGGAGGUGGCCGAGCUUUUCUUCAAGGAAGACCCGGAAAAGCUUUUCUCCGACCUGCGGGAGAUUGGUCAUGGCAGCUUUGGCGCUGUCUACUUUGCGCAUGAUGUGCGCACCAAUGAGGUGGUGGCCAUUAAAAAGAUGUCGUACAGUGGGAAGCAGUCCAACGAGAAAUGGCAGGACAUCAUCAAGGAGGUCAAGUUCCUCCAGAGGAUUAGGCAUCCCAACAGCAUCGAGUACAAAGGAUGUUACCUGCGUGAGCACACUGCUUGGCUCGUUAUGGAGUACUGCCUAGGCUCGGCCUCUGACCUCCUGGAAGUCCAUAAGAAGCCUCUGCAGGAGGUGGAGAUCGCUGCCAUUACCCACGGUGCACUGCAGGGGCUGGCUUACCUGCAUUCACACAACAUGAUCCACAGGGACGUGAAGGCGGGAAACAUCUUGUUGACAGAGCCCGGGCAGGUCAAACUGGCAGACUUUGGCUCCGCCUCCAUCGCCUCGCCUGCCAACUCUUUUGUGGGGACACCAUACUGGAUGGCGCCGGAGGUGAUCCUGGCCAUGGACGAGGGCCAGUACGAUGGAAAGGUGGACGUCUGGUCUUUAGGCAUCACGUGUAUAGAGCUGGCCGAGCGGAAGCCUCCAUUGUUUAACAUGAACGCAAUGAGUGCCUUAUACCACAUAGCGCAGAAUGAGAGCCCCACGUUGCAGUCUAGUGAAUGGACCGAUUAUUUCCGGAACUUUAUUGAUUCUUGCCUUCAGAAAAUCCCACAGGACCGACCCCACUCUGAUGACAUGCUGGGUCAUGCAUUUCUGCAGAGGGAGCGUCCAGAUUCAGUUCUGAUGGACCUCAUUCAGAGGACUAAGGAUGCUGUGCGUGAGCUGGACAACCUGCAGUACCGCAAGAUGAAGAAGAUUCUCCUUCAGGAGGCUCAUAAUGGGCCUGCACCAGACGCUCCUGAUCCAGAUGAGGUGUGUGUCCAUGUGACUGUAUGUGUGUGUGUGUUGAAGCUAAAGCGACGAUGCUAUUAUGUUAGAUCUCGGUGCCUUGUAAUAAGCUGGUGUGCAUCACUAUGCUUGCAUCUAUGUCCAUCUUCGUCCUGUCUGUCUGUCCCUCUGGAUCCGCCUCCUCCCGCCCUCCCUGUGUGUCUUUACCGGGUGCACCUCAAGGAGCUGGAGCCGGGCGGUGGGCGCACGGGAACGGUGAACAGCGUGGGAAGCAACCAGUCCAUUCCCAGCAUGUCCAUCAGCGCCAGCUCUCAGAGCAGCUCUGUCAACAGUCUCAAUGAAGCUGCACAGGACAGCCGCAGCGAGCUGGACCUGAUGGAGGGAGACCACACCGUCAUGUCUAACAGCUCUGUCAUACAUCUCAAACCGGAGGAAGAGGAGGCUUUCACCGGUGAUCAAGCGACUGGCGAUCGGUCAUCAGAGCCUCAGGCAACUUCCGCUCAGCCUCCCAGGAAGCACCAUCGAAACAGAGAGCACUUUGCUACCAUCCGCACUGCUUCACUGGUGACACGUGAGAUGCAGGAGCACGAGCAGGACUCAGAGCUUCGAGAGCAGAUGUCAGGAUACAAGCGCAUGCGGCGGCAGCACCAGAAGCACCUGAUGGCACUGGAGAACAAGCUGAAGGGUGAAAUGGAUGAGCACAGACUGAGGCUGGACAAGGAACUGGAGAGCCAGAGGAACAACUUCACUCAGGAGAUGGAUAAAUUACUUAAGAAGCACCAGGCCUCCCUGGACAAGGAUCUGAAGACGUUUACUAACGAUGAGAAGAAGUUCCAGCAGCACAUUCAAGUGCAGCAGAAGAAAGAGCUCAGCAGCUUCCUGGAGUCUCAGAAACGAGAGUACAAACUACGCAAGGAGCAGCUCAAAGAGGAGCUGAGUGAAAACCAGUCCACACCCAAGAAGGAGAAGCAGGAGUGGUUGUCGAAGCAGAAGGAGAACAUCCAGCACUUCCAGGCUGAGGAGGAGGCCAACCUGCUGAGGAGACAGAGGCAGUACCUGGAGCUGGAAUGUCGACGCUUCAAGCGCAGAAUCCUCAUCGCCAGACACAAUGUGGAGCAGGACCUCGCCCGAGAGGAGCUGAACAAGCGUCAGACACAGAAGGACCUGGAGCACGCCAUGCUACUCAGGCAUCACGAGUCGAUGCAGGAGCUGGAGUUCCGCCACCUGGCCACCAUCCAGAAGGCCCGGGCCGAGCUGAUCCGCACCCAACACCAGACAGAACUCACCAACCAGCUGGAGUACAACAAGAGGAGGGAGCGUGAGCUCAGGCGCAAACACUUCAUGGAGGUCCGACAGCAGCCUAAGAGCCUCAAGUCCAAGGAGCUUCAGAUAAAGAAGCAAUUCCAGGAGACAUGUAAGACACAGACGAGGCAAUACAAGGCCCUCCGCAACCACCUGUUGGAGACCACACCCAAGUGUGAUCACAAGGCGGUGCUGAAGCGGCUCAAGGAGGAGCAGACUAGGAAGCUGGCCAUCCUGGCCGAACAGUACGACCACUCCAUCAACGACAUGCUCUCCACGCAGGCCCUGCGUCUGGACGAGGCCCAGGAGGGCGAGUGUCAGGUGCUGAGGAUGCAGCUCCAGCAGGAGUUGGAGCUCCUCAACGCCUACCAAAGCAAGAUAAAGAUGCAGACGGAUGCCCAGCACGACAAGGAGAGGCGAGACCUGGAGCAGAGGGUCAGUCUGCGGAGGGCGCUGUUGGAGCAGAAAAUUGAGGAGGAGAUGCUGGCUCUGCAGAACGAACGUUUGGAGAGGAUCCGCUCUCUGCUGGAGCGUCAGGCUCGAGAGAUCGAGGCCUUUGACUCAGAGUCCAUGAGGCUAGGAUUCAGCAACAUGGUCCUCACCAACCUGGGCCCUGACUCGCAAGGGGGUUGGGGAGGAGGGGCCGGCGGAGGCCACGGCGCUCCAGGGGGUGGACACUGGCCCGGAGGAGGAGGAGGCCACCAAAGUCACCAGCAGCAGGGGGGGUCCAGCUCCCAGCAGCCCUGGGGUCCACCCAUGAUGGCCGGGGGCCCGCCCCCUUGGAGCCUCCAUCACCCCGCAGCGGGAGGUCAGAGGGGGAGCGGGGCAGGUGCGGGAGGGGUGAGAAACAGCCCGCAGGCUUUGAGGAGGACGUCAGCGGGGGGGAGGAGUGAACAGGGCAUGAGCAGGAGCACCAGCAUCACCUCCCAGAUCUCCAAUUCAUCACACCUGUCCUACACUUAAAACACACACACACACACUUUACCGUCAGGAAGUGCUGGAACACAAUCCAAAGUCAUUACAUUUUUACCUGCGUCAAAGUUAGCAACAGGCUACUGUCAUGUUAGCGUCAUGUCUGCCAUGCUAGUGUCAAAUAGCCUCAUUUUAGUGCCAUGCCAAUGUCAAGCUAGUAUCAUGUCUGCCAUGUUAGCGCCAUGUCGUCGUUAUGCUAGUGUCAUGUUAGCGGCAUGCUAGUGCCAUGUUAGCAUCUUGCCGCAGCCUGCCUCAACAUGCAUACACUGGAUGCAACAAGCGAAGAAGGUGAGUGUCGUGUCAAGUGAACAAAAAAAACGCGUGCUAAGAUAGUUAGCCAAGCAUCGUCUAAGUCCGUGCUGGACAGGAAGUGACAUCUAAUUGUCAUGGAGGAUGGGGGUUGAUGCUGUGAUCUUCACCGCUGUGCCCCUGCAAACCUUCCCCAGGGUGACACCCCACUCUGUCUCACCCUCGCAACCCCGCCCCGCUGAGUCUAAACCCUGCCCACUUCCAAUGUGACAAGAAUGGAGGAAAUGAGAUGAACAGGUGAAGUGUAUAUAUGUAUGUACGUCAAUAUAUGUAUGAUUCUAUAUAGGAGGCGCAUCUUAAACAGUCACAGGUGGAAUGUACAGUAAAUGUGUUAAUAUUGUAAAUGAAAUUAGAAAGAAAAUGUUUUAAUUUACACAUAAAAGAACAGAGAUGUGCUUUGAGAGCGGCAGCGUUCCAGUCAACGCGCAAUGGGGGCUUAGCCAAAUAAAGCUCAUGCCCUGACGCCUUAAGAGACGUGCUAGAUUCCUCUGAGGCAAGUUCACGUGAGAUCGUUUGCACUGAUUGCACAGAGAUAAAGCAGAUCUACUGUGGCCCCGCCCACUCAGUGCAAGGGGCACGGUUAAGCAUGUACAGUUUCAGUAUUCUUUGCUGUCCUUGGUGGAAUUUGCUGUCUGAGUCUUCAGGUGGAAAAGCUGAAUGUCACGUUGCCUAAGAGAGAAGUUAUUCCUCACAAAAGGACUCGAUGACAAACAUGACAACAUAAGAAAAAACAUGUCUAGGGACAUAAAUGUAAUAUUUCGUUUGUAAUUAUUUUUUGUUGGAAGAGGGCUACUGGAUUAUGAAUCAUCUGUAAUAAAGUAAUUUUAUUAUUU